UAAAUUGAAUGUCAAGCACAUAAAUAGAAUACAAAAGCAAAAGAAGGAAGAAUGCAGUUGAAAGUGAUCCUCGUCACAGUGGUUACCUGCCUGCAGCUAGGUUAUUCGCAGAAUUGCUUACGAGAUGAAAUAUCAGCGGCAUUCACGAGGGAAGCUCUCGCAAACAACACUGUCUAUGACGGCCUUUUGGAGAAAAUCAACGAAACCAUACACGAAAGCAUCAGCUUGGCAGUGCAGUCAGAGCUAGUACAAUUUCUGUCCCCCAUUACAAAAGAAAUCAACCAUCUUCGAAGCCCUGGGAAGUCACCUUGUACACCAGCUCAUUCCUGUAAGGAAAUAUACAUCAAAGAUGCCACUAGUACGUCAGGUUACUAUUGGGUGAAGAGCUUGUCUGCACAUGCUGUACAGGUCUAUUGCGACAUGGAGACAACCUCUUGCGGUGAAGAUAAAGGUUGGGUGAAGGUCAGUAGUAUCGAUAUGAGCAACCCCCAACACGUCUGCCCCUCUGGCUUGAAUACACUGCUGGAAUCUGGACAGCGACUGUGUUCGAAGAACAUCGAUGGAGGAGGAUGCUCUUCUGCACAUCUGAACACUAAUGGUGUACAAUACUCCAAGGUGUGUGGAAAGAUCAUUGGGUAUCAAAAAAAGUCUCCAGACGCAUUUGCUAACUAUUACUCCAACCGUGCACUGACUAUAGAUGACCCUUAUGUCGAUGGUAUUAGCUUGACUCAUGGCCAAAAUCCACGUCAUCACAUCUGGACAUUUGCUGCAGCACUGCAUGAAAUAGUAACUAGAGCCCCAGAAUCUCUUUGUCCCUGUACAAACAUACAAAAUCCCACACAAGUGUUCGUUCCACCUUUUAUAGGCAACGACUAUUUCUGUGACACUGCAAGCUCAGAACAGUUCCAGUUUCAAUUCUACCCAUACAAUCCAUUAUGGGAUGGAAGUGGGUGUGGCAAACUAAACACUUGCUGUAGCUUCAACAAUCCACCAUGGUUUGUAAAGCAAUUGCCAGAAGCUACGACUGACGAUGUUGAGAUACGGCUUUGUACCGAUAAAGGUCGACAUGAUGAAGAUAUUAACUUUGAGAAACUAGAUAUUUACGUGCAGUAAGUGCACAAAACAAAACUCAAAGUAGUGGAAUAAUCAGUGUUUCUAGAACCUAUACAUGCAGCGUUUAUAAUGAUAGUGUGCAACAUAACUAUGUUGUGGCAAUUACUUUUAGUUUUGAUUUAACAAAUGCUCUAUUAUAAUUUACUACAUGUACAUGUCUUAUACAA